AUGCGGCGGGGCUCGGUACCGGCGGCCGCGGCGCGGGGGAUGCGCUACGGCCCCGCCAGACCUCUCCGGCCGGCCUGUCCGGUGGGGAGGCUCCUGCGGCAGCGCCCGGGGGAGCUCCGGGCCGGGACCGGCAGCGCCGAGCGGGGCCCAGCCGGGCCGAGGAGCGGGGCUCCGGGAGCGGCGGGCCGGGCGGCGGCGGGCGGCAGCGGCGGGGCCCCGGGAGCGCUUCUAACCCGCGCUUUUCCCCGAUUUUGUUUUGCAGGGGCGUUUUGGGGGGGAAUGGAGGCGAUCGCCAGUCAGAUGGGAAAUGGGAGAGAUGCAAGCUCCUCCCCAAAUUCAAAGCAAGAGCUGCAGCCGUACCAGGGCUCCAAUACCCUCAAGCCCAACCAAGUGGGUGAGACCUCUCUGUACGGCGUGCCCAUCGUGUCCCUGGUCAUCGACGGGCAGGAGCGGCUGUGCCUGGCGCAGAUCUCCAACACGCUGCUCAAGAACUACAGCUACAAUGAGAUCCAUAACCGGCGGGUGGCCCUGGGCAUCACCUGCGUGCAGUGCACGCCGGUGCAGCUGGAGAUCCUGCGGCGGGCCGGGGCCAUGCCCAUCUCCUCCCGCCGCUGCGGCAUGAUCACCAAGCGGGAGGCGGAGCGGCUCUGCAAGUCCUUCCUGGGCGAGCACAAGCCGCCCAAGCUGCCCGAGAACUUCGCCUUCGACGUAGUGCACGAGUGCGCCUGGGGCUCCCGGGGCAGCUUCAUCCCGGCCCGCUACAACAGCUCCCGCGCCAAGUGCAUCAAGUGCAGCUACUGCAGCAUGUACUUCUCCCCCAACAAGUUCAUCUUCCACUCCCACCGCACCCCGGACUCCAAGUACACCCAGCCCGAUGCCGCCAACUUCAACUCCUGGCGCCGUCACCUCAAGCUCAGCGACAAGACGGCCACGGAGGAGCUGUCGCACGCCUGGGAGGAUGUCAAGGCCAUGUUCAACGGCGGCACCCGCAAGCGGACCUUCUCCCUGCAAGGGGCGGCCGCCGGCGGGCCCGGUGCCGGCUCCCCGGCCGCCAAGGCCGCGUUGCACCCGCCGCCGCCCGCCGGCCCCGAGCUGGCCCCGGCGCACAAGAGCCUGCGCUGCAGCGGGCAGGAGCCGGCGGGCGAACGCGGGGCGCUGGGGCUGCCGGCGGCGCACGGCGGGGCGGCGGGAGCGCACGGCGGGGCGGGCGCGGUGCGCAGCUACCCGGUGAUCCCGGUGCCCAGCAAGGGCUUCGGGAUGCUGCAGAAGCUGCCGCCGCCGCUCUUCCCCCACCCCUACGGCUUCCCCGCCGCCGCUUUCGGACUCUGCCCCAAGAAGCAGGAGGACGCGCUGGGCGGCGCGGGCGGCGGCGAGGCGGGCAAGGGCGGCGCGCUGCCCCCCGGCAUGUUUUGGGGGCCUCCGCACCCCCACCCGCACCAACCGGCCCAGCCGCCCCACCAGCCCGGCGCCGCCAAGGACACCGGCGUCUACCCCUCCUUCCCCGUCUUCUGGCCGGCCGCCGGCAGCCUGCCCGUGCCGCCCUACCCGGCGCAGAGCCAGGCCAAGGCGGCGGCCACGGCCGUGGUGGUGGCGGCGGCGGCGGCGGCGGCAGCGGCGGCGGCCGAACCGCCGGGCUUGUCGGGCCGGCACGGCGAGCUGGAGGGCUCGGAGCCGUCGGGCAGCGGGAGGAGCAGCGCUACCCCCCAGGAGGGCGCCGGGGCGGAGGGCGAGCGCUGCCCCAGCGCGCUGUCGCGGGCGGCGGGCGAGGAGGAGCGCUCCGGGGACGAGGCGCUGCUCCCCCCGCUGCCCCUGCCCAGGAAGGGCAGCUACCUCUCCGCCUUCCGCCCGGUGGUGAAGGACGCCGAGAGCAUCGCCAAGCUCUACGGCACCCGGGAGGCGUACGGCGGCGCGGCCCCCCGCGGCCCCGGCUACCUCUCCCCGGACUUCCUCAGCGAGGGCAGCUCCAGCUACCGCUCGCUCUCCCCCGGGGGGGACACGGCCGAGGAGCCCGAGGUGGACGUGGAGUCCAACCGCUUCCCGGAGGACGAGGAGGAUGACGCCGCAGCCGCCGCUGCCCUCCCCGAGGGACGGGAGCCGCCGCCGCCCCGGCUGCUGGCCGGUACCGAGGAGCCGCCGCCGCCCGCCGGGGCCGACGGGCCCGAGGAGAAAGCGGGCGAGCCGGCGGCGGAGGAGGGCGGCCAGCCGCCCGACGGCAGCCCCGAGCGGAGCAGCAGCAGGGGCGCCUACGAGGUGUACGCGCCGGACAGGGGGGAGCACCUGCAGCCGCUGAAGACCGCCGCCUCCCUGGGAGCCCCGGCCGCGUACCUGUGCACCCCCGAGGCUAAGGAGCAAGAUAAAGAAGACAAUCACUCCGCGGCAGAGGAUUUAGAGACCAGAAAAUCCUAUCAGGACCAAAGGAAUGUCUCGCAUCCCAGCCCUGUAAAUACCGACAGAGGAGAGGACGGCCUCGGCAUGGAUGUCGCCGGGACGCAGCUGGUGGAAAAAGACAUCGAAAAUUUGGCCCGAGACGAGUUGCAAAAACUGGUCCUGGAGCAAAUGGAGCUGAGGAAAAAGCUGGAGAGGGACUUCCAGAGCCUGAAAGAUAACUUCCAGGACCAGAUGAAGCGGGAGCUGGCGUACCGGGAGGAGAUGGUGCAGCAGCUCCAGAUCGUCCGAGAUACGCUGUGCAACGAGCUGGACCAGGAGAGGAAAGCGCGCUACGCCAUCCAGCAGAAGUUAAAAGAGGCCCACGACGCGCUACAUCACUUCUCCUGCAAAAUGCUGACCCCGCGGCACUGCACGGGGAACUGCUCCUUCAAGCCGCCGCUGCUGCCCCAGUGAGCCCCCCCCUCCGGACUCCCCCUUCCCCCGAAGCCAUGCGGGCAGAGCCCACACAAGCCAUUUCCACGAGGAGACACUUGUACAUAGAGGACUCGGAGCCCGGCUUUCCUCGGACUGGCAA